AUGGCGUUGGUGGCGAAUCCGCCCCUCGCGCGGCUGGGAACUCGGACCGCGCGGGACGCAAGAGGAACGGCGCCGAGGACAGCUGGCCUCGGCCUUCGCGCGCUUCCUCCCGAAGCCGCCGGCCUGGAGCCGACGGCCGCCGCAGCAAUCGCCGCAGCAAUCGCCGCGGCAAUCGCCGCGGCGGUGACGUCGUGGCAGAAGAAGGUACCGCCGCGAGUGCAGAAACAGGAUCUGUGGCGGAAGAAGCUCGGCCGCUUCCGCGUCACGCCGCUGCCCGGCAGAGGCUUCGGCGCCGUGGCGUGCGCGGACUUCGCCUGCGGCGACCUAGUGGCGGAGGAGGUCCCGUUGCUGCAGCUGGGCCUGGGCGCGACAGCUGAGGACUCUUAG